CACACCGUAGCGCUCGUCAUUCGAGCACAAGGACAUCACUCGGGGCAGACGUGUGCAAGCUAGAGGCAAGAGAACAUGACACAUACCUGUUUUCACUGAUCAGAAACGUGGACUCGUGCUUUUGUACUUCACUUUCAAUCUGUUGUGCCUUAUUGAAGUGUUCCUGAACGGGAAAUAUAAAUAUUUUGCAAACAUGUCUCAAAAGUGCGGUUUGAUUGUAGUCCUUUGUACUUUGGUGAGUGGUGUUUUGACUCAGCAUUAUGGUUAUAACCAGGAACUACCCCUUUUCACAAAGGAACCUUUAAAUGUUACUGCUUUUCUCGGGGAGUCGGCUCUUCUGACCUGUUCGGUGUCCCAUCUCGGCGGCAACCAAGCCGUAGCAUGGAUGAAGCUAAAUCCAACGUCGUCUUUCCUGACAAGUGGGACGCAGUCGUUCUCAUCGGAGGAAGGCAAGCUGGUGGUCGUCGGCGAACAGACCGAAGGCAAUCUCCAGUACGACCUCCUCGUCACAAACAUAACGGAGGCUGAUGCCGGCGAUUACAUCUGCACGGUGGUCGAAUUCGGGGAGCUGAACUAUCGACGCUGGCGUCGAUCUCAGGUGGCUACAGUGACUGUCAUCACGCCGAUGCCGCGGCCGGCUUUAAGGUGUAUUGGAGACCCGAAUCCUGGACACCUACACGCCGGGGUCCACUUUCGGCUGGGAUGUAAGCUCGAUGGUGCAGGACAUUCCAAUUCCAAGAUCAGCAUGAACUGGACAAAGAAUGGAAACAUGGUGGUGUCCAGGACAAGAUUCGAAGGUAUCCAAUUCGGGACUGGGAAGUAUUUCCCGGAGCUGAUGCACCUGUUCCAGGUGUCCAUCCAUGAUAAAGGGGCAGUGUUUGAAUGCUCAGUGGAGUAUGAUCAUCAUAACGGUACGGACUGGGGAACCUUUCGCGAUUCCUGCACCAUUGACCCGCUCCACGUCAAACCGUACUCUAAUCUCAUCCUCCGCAAGCGAUCAAUGUCUACAGUGGAUGAAGGACAGGAGGUACGGUUCCAUUGUCCUGCCAAAGGGCCCAAGACAGCAGAGCCACGACUUCAGGCUUUUACUUGGAAUAUUGUCCCCACCAUUGCCCCAUCUCGAUUCCGUCUCUCACACCAUGGAGAUGAACUAAUCAUCCACCGUGUCAUCUCCGAAGACAACGGUCUCAAGGUAUCGUGUUUUAUUCCACCUCUCUCGCUGGCCACUCCCAAACGAGAACUGUACCUCAAAGUAAGAUCCGUCGAUUCUUCUAUUCUCUGGGAACCACGUCAACCAGCUAUAGUCAUCCCGUUUGGACCGGAAUCAAUGACGAAUUCUAGCGAUUCAAUUAAUUCAACAAAUUCACCUGUGACAAAAUUUGAUAGUGGUAACGCAACAACAGACUCACCUGCCACGGUGACGCCCAUUGCAGAGUUUAACAAUAGUCUUACAAUGGAUUCGGGUAACAACCAGAACUUUUCAAAUGGAGCAUAUGAUACAGGGUAUUCUGACGCUACAAAUGGGACGGGUCUAGAACAAGGUAACAAUGCUAAUGGAAAUGAAACGAUGGUGACACAAAAUGGUUUAUCAGUUGGAAACCUGACUAUUGCAUUUCAGCUGAUACCACCAUCAUCCAUGGCGGACGCAGCAAACAUUAUGGCUGAAAUGACGUCAUCAUCAUCAUCAUCAUCAUCGUCCUCAUCAUCAUCUUCAUCAUCGUCUGGUUUGGCUGACGAAGGCGACACGACGAUAAUGGAUGGCGGUGAUCCUUUCCUAGACCAUCCUAACCUGGACUACACCUACGAUCCCGAUCCUGUCAGUCAAAACAUCAAUCGGACAAUCAUUCCACCAAGCGAUCUCACAUCAUCAGACUUCAUCUUCAUCUUCGUGAUGAUUGCCGAGGUUCUCCUCACCAUUCUCCUCGUCGUGCUCCUCCUCGUCACCGGUCCCGUAUGUUUCGCCUCGAAACGAAACAAGGAUAUGGAGCACACGAACGACACCGACAUUGAGAAAUCAGCCACGCCGUUCCCAGUCAUAAUCGCACCAUCGACUAUAACAUCCUCCAAGAUAGCAAGACCCACGAACGACAUAGUGAAAUCGUCUUCGGUGAUUUCAUUAUCGGGUGAUGAAGUCAAACCUACGAACAAAGAGAUUCCAACUGUCGACAUUACUCUGUCGUUUGAAAUGAAGCAGAAGUCGAAUGACGUCGUGAAAGAUUCGAGGAGCGACAGAAGCGAUGUUUCUACGGUGUCGGGAUCGGUUAAGGAUGAACAGGGAAGCGAUGCCAGCACUGUGGAAUUCAAGACCUUUGGAUAUCCACGAAGUGAUAAUUCAUCCGAUGCAUGAUAAAUU